AAACCUUCACGUGCUUCUUCUGCUGACAAUUUUGUAAUCCACAAGUCAUUCUCUUCGAACGGGUCACCAAACCCGAAAUUCUAAGAAAUUGACUCAAAACAAGCGAAAGCAAUCUCCUGGAAAUUGCCCUUAGCUGCAAAGUCAGAGGCUAACGUGGGACCAUGAAUUCUGCGGCUCAUAAAUCUCAGCUCAAACUUGAACUUGAACCCGGAUAGACUAAGAAAUGGCUCACUACCAAAGUGUUUCGUUGAUCAUCCACUUCCUUCUGGCUUAUUUGAUCCUCCCCAGUUUAGUCCGCCUUUCACACGCCGAUCCUCCUUACCAGCUCUGUUCAGAAACCGGGGAUUACGCCGUCAAUGGCACGUUUCAGAAUAACCUCGACAGUCUCUUCACGAAUUUGUCCUCGAAUGCUUUCCUCUUAAAAUUCUACAGCACCUCUUAUGGCAAUGGCACAGACAGAGUCUAUGGUCAGCACAUGUGCUUGAAUUACGUUAGUAAUCAAGAUUGCCAAAACUGCAUUGAUUUGGCCUCACAGGACAUACUGAGGCUCUGUCCUAAUGAUACUGAGGCGAUUGUCUGGGAGGAAAUCUGCCAGUUGCGGUACUCGAGUCGGGACUUCAUUAGAAGUUUGGACGUUACUGGCAAUAUUUGGAAGGAUAACGUGAUGAAUGUUUCACGACCCGAUUGGUUCAAAUUAGUCGUCAACACCACUCUGCAGAAUCUCACGAAAGUGGCGGCUUUUGAUCCUUUGUCGGACACAUAUGCAACCGGCGCAGUCGAGUUUAAAGAUGCAAGUGCAUCGAUGCUAUACGCACUGGUGCAGUGUGGAAGAGACAUAUCUGGAAGCGACUGCAACAUCUGUCUUCAACAAGCUAUAACAGAUGUGUUGGCGAACUGUUCCUCCUCAGUUGGCGCGAGGAUUCUUAGCCGUAGCUGCUAUUUGAGAUAUGAGCAGUACGCGUUCUAUGAAGGCAAAACUGCACCCGAGCCUAAUCAAGCCACCCAGGGAGGUAGCAGAAUGUUGUUGAUUGUGAUUCUUACGAUCGUAGCUGCUGGAUUAGCAGUACUUCUUUUAGCUUCCUGCUUUUACUAUCUCCGAAUCCAUAGAAGAGAGGGGAGAGGAAAUAAAUUGGUUAUCCAGCUCGGUGUGCUUCGCAAUACUGGCUAUACCAGUGAUAGUACUAGUUUCAUGAACCGGAAUUUUCAACAAAGAUUAGACAAAAAUGUUCCGGAUUCCCCAUUUAUCGACUUUGCGACCAUACUAACUGCUACUGACUAUUUCUCUGCUUUGAACAAGCUGGGACAAGGCGGUUUUGGCCCGGUUUACAAGGGAAUUCUGGGAGAUGGAAGAGAGGUAGCUAUCAAGAGGCUCUCAAGCACUGAGCAAGGUACUGAUGAAUUUACAAAUGAAGUCUUGCUCAUAAUGAAGCUCCAGCAUAAAAAUCUUGUUAAGCUUUUGGGAUUUUGUGUCGAUAAUGAAGAGAAGAUCCUUGCCUAUGAGUACAUGCCCAAUGGCAGCCUGGAUGUCAUCCUUUUCGAUCGAGAGAGACGGGCAAAACUUGACUGGAUAAAACGCAUCAAUAUCAUAAGUGGAAUAGCACGUGGGGUUCUUUACCUUCACGAGGAUUCCCGCCUAAGAAUCAUUCACAGAGACUUGAAGAUGAGCAAUAUAUUAUUGGAUUCUGAGAUGAACCCAAAAAUAUCUGAUUUUGGAAUAGCUCGGAUUUUUUCUGGAAACGAUGGUGGAGCCAACACCGCAACCAUAGUAGGAACAUAUGGAUACAUGGCGCCGGAGUAUGCUAUGGAGGGACUAUAUUCGACUAAGUCCGACGUUUUCAGCUUCGGAGUUCUUGUGCUCGAGAUGAUAACAGGAGAAAGAAACGCUAGCUUUCAUCUAUCGAGACGAGCACCAACCCUAGCUGCAUAUGCGUGGCAACUGUGGCAGGAUGAAAGAGAGUUGGAGCUGGUGGAUCCAUUGAUAAUUGACUCGUGCUGUGUGGAAGAAUUUAGGCGAUAUAUGCAAAUCGGACUGUUGUGUGUUCAAGAAGAUGCAUAUGACAGGCCUACAAUGUCAUCCGUGGUUGUUAUGAUGAAAAGCGAGAGUACAACUCUUACAAAUCCUCAACGACCGGCUUUCUCAGUGGGAAGGUUCACCGAAUAUCACCAACAAGUCAUGGAUAACAGCUCUUCUGUCAAUGGCCUAACCAUUUCGAAUAUUGAUGCAAGAUGAUAGACCCAAGAAAGGAGAUAUCGGGACUUUGCGAGUUUACACAUAUCGAUUGGUCACUCGUGCAUUUAGAAAUUUUUUACAAUAGUCUGUUCAUUUAGUAUAUAACAAGUUUAAGUGUUCAUUUAGCAUGGCGAAAAGUCCUUCUGUGUAUAUUUAACUGAGGCAAAUUUGUAUGCCGUGUAGAUUUUGCGUAAUUGUCAAAUUGCACUGAUGACAACUGCAUUUUGUUGAAGUAGAAUACCAUCAGCUUCUGCAGAUUUGAA